AUGAAAGGUCGUAUCCGAUCCCUUAAUUGGGGACCCAUCUAUAGCAGAUUUGAAUCGACCUCGGGCACUGUCAUCUUCAGUGGGUUGGUUUCCUCUCCAGAGGGUUUUUUAAAGUUAAAUGUCGAUGGAGCGGUUAGUAAAGACUGGAGGAAGGGCGGCAUUGGGGGACUAAUCAGGAAUUCUCAGGGGCAGACUCUUUCAUCUUUCUCGGAAUCCAUUGGCUUCGGUCCUCCUGUUUUGGUAGAAUUAAAGGCGAUUAAAGCUGGUCUCGGAAUCCACGGAGCGGUUAGUAAAGAAUGUGAAUGCAGAAAUGUUGUGAAUUGGAUUGAGAAUCCAAUCGGAUGUCCAUUGUCGUUUGAAUUUCUUGUGAAGGAGAUUGAAGAUAUAAUUAGAAGAGCAAUUCGUUUUGUUACUAGAAGCGCUAAUAGGGAGGCUGAUGAAUUGGCGAAAAAAGGAAUUGGUUAA